AUGUAUUACCCAGAUAUCCUGUUAAACCACCACUACAAGAAUCAUUCGUGUUAAACAUGUUUCAAUUCUACAUUUCAGGAUACUUCUGAUCCAGAGAUGCAUUGCGGAUGAUGAUGAUGAUGGUGGGGGUAAUACAUACAUCAAGUGACCUUUCGGAAGAAGUGCCUCGUAAAAGAUUAUCAUUUAGAUCCAAGCGCUAUUGAGUUGUUGAUACAUCAUGACAACUCUUCAGUAUGGUGAAUACAUACAGCGCGUUAAUGAAGCCAAAAUCGUGGUCGAAGAAAUGCACAGUGAUAAGACAGACUGGAAAGUGAGCAAAACAACGAAACACGUCACAGUCUCAUCGAAAAAGUCUAAAGUAUUCCAUGGUUAUAUGCAUCGUAUCGAAUGCGUUGUGGACGUCUCGUUGGAGAAAGCCUUCGAGUAUUUCUUGCCGAACCCGUUAGGAUUACGACUAGAUUGGGACAAAACGCUGCAACUCCAUGAAUGCAUAACACACAUCGAAGAGGAGUCCUACCUAUACCAUGCUAUCACCCACAGUCAACUGAUGGGCCUCAUUGCUGCACGUGAGUUUGUCUACAUCUUACGUACGAUACGAAGACCUGAAGAAGGUUGUAUCUUAUCAGUGUGUCAGAGUAUUGAUCAUCCUAGCUACCCGGUCCAGAAAUCCCCUGUCAGGGGUAUCAACUAUCCAUGUGGAACCUUCUUUGAAGUACAAGCAGAUAAAAAAGUUCGACUUACCAAUUACUAUCACGUGGACCUCGGAGGUAAACUCCCCCAGUCCGUGAUCGAUAGUUCGAUACCGUCCAUAAUGGCAUCGGUAAUGGAACUCUACUACAAGCAUUUGCAGACUAUCAAAAAGUGACACCAUUCCAGCAAUUUUAGUGUUACGUUAUGCUAUAGUCACACAAAUGAAAGCGAUUUCAGAGCAACCGAUGAUAUGACUUGAUAGCUUUGGAUGGCCCGGGUACGGUAACACAAAAGAUCCUUUUUGCUCAGUAGAAGGACAAGAAACCAAUCAGAAUUGUUCUUUCAAUUUAGCGAUUAAUCGCUAACCUUUGUGUGAAGGGGCCCUGGAGUAGUUUUCAUAGGAGUGACUAUCGCAUAACUGGAUGACCAUAAUUAUUCUAAGACCAUGGGUUAAGGGCCUGGUCCCACUGGCAGACGGAUACAAAACGUACUCAUAACGGAUACAGCGGACCAGCAAA